CAGAAUGCGACCCUCCGCAUAUAUACAUCUGCUUCUCACCUCUUAGUUUCCUGAGGGUAUUCCAACCCCAUCCUCCAUUCCUUCGGCAACUCUCUUUACUCCCAAUUCAGAGCAAUAUGAAAGAAGCGAUCAAUCUUGCCGGACCAACUGUCAAGAUUAUCGACAGCCCGAUCCCCGAACCGAACGAUGACCAGGUUCUGAUCAAGGUGGUAGUCUCCGGAUCGAAUCCUAAGGACUGGAAGGUCGCCGAUUGGGCGGCUGCUGGAGAUGCUAGCUUUGGCGUGCUAGCUAGAGCUAAGAAUGGAUUGAACCAAGGAGACGAUAUUGCUGGAUUCGUCGAAAAGGUCGGCGCGAAUGUGGUUGAGUUCAAGCCUGGUGAUCGCGUUGCGGCUUUCCACGAGAUGUGCACACCUGGGGGUUCCUAUGCGGAAUAUGCAAUCGCAUGGAGUUAUACCACCUUCCAUCUACCAAAGCACACGUCCUUUGAAGAGGCCGCCACGCUUCCCCUGGCAGCCUUGACUGCUUCUGUAUCGUUGUACGCGCAUAAUCGCUUCCCCUUUCCCUGGGUGCCCGCCCAGAAGUCGAUUCCAUUCAUUGUGUACGGCGCGAGCUCAGCUGUAGGCUCGUUUGCCAUCAAAUUGGCAUCCAACAGCAACAUCCAUCCGAUCAUUGCAGUCGCCGGGAAAGGUUCUCACUAUGUGGAGACACUGAUUGACCGGAGCAAAGGCGACACCAUUAUCGAUUAUCGCGAGGGAGUCGAAGCAACCAUUGCGGGAAUCCGUAAGGGCCUACAACAAGCCGGCCACUCAACUGUCCAUCAUGCUCUUGAUGCUGCAAUCGUCCCACAAAGUGCAGAGGUCCUCAGGCAGUCGGUUGUUCCUGGCGGAAUGGUUGAUUUCAUCUUACCGAACGACCUCGACGUCUCACCUGCUAUCCACUCGGUGACUUCUGUGGGCUCGGUGCAUAAGCAACCAGAGUUCGAGAAUAAUGAGGAACUAGGGUUUUCCAUGUCGCGGUAUUUUACUCGAGCCCUGCAGGACAAGAGUUUCUCAGGCCACCCUUUCAAGAUCAGACCGGGAGGUUUAGAAGGCGUUGAACAGGCCUUGAAAGAUCUGAAGGAUGGAAAAGCAAGCGCUACCAAGUACAUCUUUCGCAUUGCUGAGACUCCAGGUUGCGCCUAGUGUAUCAUAGUCCUACAGCGCAAUACAGAGUGAGCUCAUGAGGCGAUCAACCGCACCCAGUUUGAGAAUGCGAUGCUACGCAUGGAGUAAACUCGAUGGCUGCAAGGAUGGCAUCCUGAAGUGUCGUCGGCUGGCCGCAGAGGGCGACCCCGGCAUGACCGGCCGCAAUGAGACCGCCAACAUAAUCUCUCCAAGGCGAGUGACCAAAAUAGACUAAACAAAAUCUUCAUAACAUGCUAUUCAAUGCAUAUAUGAGUGCUCUGGAUGUUGUUGAUAUGCCCCGCAUGCACAGUUCCAAUCCUAAUUAGGGCAAUUGUUGUUUUGCUUCUUGGGUCAUUGUAGGAAAUAGUGUGCCAUGUUUUUCUGAUCAUAGUGUUCUCCACACUUGUUGCUGUAACACACAAUCUAAGGCAGUAGGUGAUUUUCUGG